AUGGCAGGCCGCUUCAAUCCUGCGCCUCUGGCGCUCCUCCUCCUCUCGGGCUCGCUUGUGAUGCUCUUCUUCGUCAUCCUCUCCGGCGAAUCGCGACACACGCCUCUGCGGCAAACCUACUUCCUGCGCGCCGAGACUGCCGGCAUGUCCCCGGACGCGCGGCCCAUCACGCAAUGGACCUUCUUCCGCGUUUGCGGCCUCAACAACCAGAACUGCAGCCCGGCAAGGCCGGCGCGGGCACUUGGUGAUGCUUGGGGCCGUCUGCGCGAGGGAGAUGUCGAUGGGGCGUUUGAGGAUCUUAUCGGCAAGCAUGGAGGUGGGUCGACGAGUGAUUAUUACUGGUAUAUGUGGCGCUUCGCUUGGGUUUUCUACCUGAUUGCGCUCUUCUUUGAGGUGGUUGCUUGGUUCACCGGCUGGCUGGGGUUCAUCGGCCGGUUGGGCAACGCUGUGGCCGGGCUGGUGUCGACUAUCGCGCUGGUGUUCUUGACUGUGGCUGUGAGCUUGAUGACUGCUACCUUCGUCAAGCUGCGUAACGCCUUCCACGAUGAAAACCGCGAGGCCGCCCUGGGUCGCUAUGCCUUCGGUUUCAGCUGGGGUUCCUUUACCGCGCUAUUCAUCGCUACCAUCCUGUUCUGCAUGGGUAUGCGUAAGAGUAAGGAUGGUAGCCCACGUAGCCGCUUUUUCAACCGCCCUGGGCGGGUCAAGAAUGAGUAUGCUUAA